ACAGUUAUACCGGACAAGUGAGGUAGUGGAGCACCCUCAGGCCGUGUGGCGGCCCUCGGGAGCGGCGCAGCGCCAUGCGCAGCACAUUAAAAGUAAGUGUAGCCUACGUGGGUAUUACUCUAUGGAUUUAUCUGCCUUGAUUGGUGGCCUUCAAGAUCCAUUUUUGCCAUACAAUUGCGGGCAGUGUGUGGAGCAGCUUAGUUAGAUUCAGGUGAGUGAGUGAGUCGUUGGUUCAGCCGCCGCCUCGCCGCGCCUCCAGAACAGCUUCACCCGAGACCCUCCCUGAAGGUGAGCCAGUGCGGGGCGGCUGGUGUGUAUGAGGUGUCUCUUGCAGUGUUACCGUCCUGGGUUCUAGUUGCAUAUCCUGCAACACAAGUUGGUGGAGUGUGCUUGUAAGUGGCGGCGGCCCCCUAAGAACUGCUUCGGUGUGCGGGACCGUGAUGGCGGUGAAGAGGUGGUCAGUGAUCCAGAAAAUGAAGCGAUUUGCAAAGAAGAGGAAGUUGGAGCAGAGUAAAGGAGAGAGUCAUGGAGGGAGAGCAAAGGUGAAGGGUUCUGCUGAGAGUGCCAAAUGUACAGUUUCAUCAGGAACACUCAGCAAGGGCUACGGGAGGCUGGUCUGGGGCAAGAUUCUGGGGAGCCGCACCUGGCCGGGCAUCACCGUCCAUCACAAUGAGUGUGGGAUGCGGCCGCUGCUGGCAGACGGUGUGUGGGUUUUCUGGUUUGGGGACAACAGGGUGUCUCAGGUUCCCCCGAGUAAAAUGUUGCCCUUCAAGGAGAAUUUCAAAAUUUAUUACUCCCAGACCAACAACCCAACGUUUGAAAAAGGAGUCAUCGAUUGCAUCAAGGAACUUAGGCAUCAAUCAAAAUUACCUCAGGAUGAGUCGAGAGAAGGCUUGAUGCAGUGGGCACGUGCAGGGUUUCCAGGAGCAGCAGAUGAUGAGGCCAUCCUUUCAGGCCAUCCACCUUCCCCGAGGGUUGAGAAGCUUCUGAGUCGCAUCAAGAAGACUCGACACAAGCUCAGGGACCACUCGGGCAGCUCAAGUGAUAAUUUCUUCCCAACAUCCUCAUCAUCAUCACCUGAUUCAGACUCUUCGGAGGCAGAUGAGCGGCAAAACUGGAAACCUAAAGCUUCUCUUUUGAAGUCAGCUCGUAAUGGAGAAUGUGACAUAGAGGAGCUGUGCAUUGCAUGUUCUCGUACUGAUUGUAAAGUUGCGGGUCCACACCCUAUUUUUACGGGCGGUGUCUGUGAGAACUGCAAGACGACACAUUACCCUUGGUGUGUCUGGACUCAGUGUGUCUGUGGUGAAAGGGUUUAUGUGCCGAGCUUUAAAUCCAUCAGCUUCAGCCCAAGUAGUCUUGUGCAUGUCAUUGCCAUUCUGCCUUCUGCACUCAAGCAUCAUCACACAAAGAUUGAAGUGGAAGAUAAUAUCAAGGCUAUGGAGACUGGUGGCUCAGAUGUGUGCUGUGUGGUGUGUGCCAGCCCGGGGAAAAUGCUGUUGUGUGAUUCUCCGGAGUGUGAAAGAGAGUAUUGCACCGGCUGUGUGGAGCUGCUUGUGGCACCCUCAGCAGUGGGCCUCAUAGAGAGAACCAGCCCCUGGUACUGUUUCCUGUGCCAGCCCUUCAGCCCCGCCACCCACAGCCUGCUCAAGCCAAGGCCGGAAUGGAGAGACAAGAUUCCGGCAAACUGCAGCGCUUCGUGGGUGAGCGAGUUUGAAGAAAAUGACACACCCGAUCCUUCUACAUUCCCCAAAAGACCCUUGCGAGUCCUCUCUCUCUUCGAUGGGAUUGGCACAGGACUGGUGGCGCUCGACAAGCUUGGCCUGGAGGUUGGCGCCUAUUACUGUUCAGAAAUUGAUGAGGCAGCAAGGACUGUUGUGAGCCUGAACUUUGGAACAAGAGUCACAUUCCUCGGUGGAGUUGAAAAACUAACCAGAAAAGAGCUGGAAGAGUUGUGCCCCAUUGACCUUCUCAUUGGAGGGUCUCCUUGCAAUGAUCUCAGUUACGUGAACCCAAAGAGGAAGGGUCUGUUCGAUUGCUCUGGAUCAGGAUUUCUCUUCUUCUACUUCUAUAAAAUUCUCAGAAACAUUCAGUGCUUAAACAAGGACACUCACCUCUUCUGGAUGUUUGAGAACGUCAGGAACAUGCCGCAUUUCAUGAAGGCUCAAAUAAGCUUAUUCUUGGAAAAGCAACCUGCAGUGAUUGAUGCUAAAUACUUUUCUCCCCAAAGUCGUCCGCGCUGCUUCUGGGGCAACAUUCCAGGGAUGUACAAACCUGUCCCUCCACAACAUGAGUGCCACCACAAACUGAGUCAGUACAUAAAUAAGAUACCUGAACGAAAGGCCGUGGUGGGGAAAAUAAACUGCAUAACAACAAACCCGGCCUCUCUACGAAUGGGAAAUGGAGAAGAGUGGCCAGUGCAGAUGAAUGACCACGGAGAUGUUCCAUGGGUGACAGAGAUUGAAAAGAUCUUUGGGUUGCCCUCACACUACACUGACACUGGCAAUUUGACCCUAAGAGACAGACAGUGUCUCCUAGGACGGGCGUGGAGUGUUCCAGUAAUUUGCUACAUAUUUAAGUCUCUUGGCGAGUACUUCCCUUGCAAAAAAGAAGUCUCUAAAACAGCAGAAAUGAAGAGUGUGGGGCAAACAACGAGUCAAGAAACAGAGACUCAAGGAAUGGGAAAAACAUUGAGCCAUGAACUGAAGGAGGAUGAUGCUUUAGUUAAAGGAGCAAAUUGGAAGGAUGAUCUGGUUACACUGCAGCCAGCGGGGAAUGAGGAAGAGGAGACAUCUUUGGUACAAAAAGGCAGUGCUGAAGCAAGAAAGAAGACCGAUAUAAAUUUAGCCGAAAUAGAGGCAUCAUUACAGCCAGAGAGUGAUGGAGAUGUGAUGGCUUAGACACAAGCAAAGAAAGAUUGAGGUUUCAUACAAGCAGAGAAUGAUGGGAAAAAUACAAGGGCCUUAGUAAAAUGAGUGGUGAAGCAGUAAUGAAAGCUCUGAAACUACAAAUGGAGUAAUGAAAGCUCAAAACAAAUGGACUAAUAGAACAGACCGUAAAUGCUCAGAUGCACCAUCCUUAGUAUUAAUUUACAGAUAGCUAUGCAUUUGUGGAAAAUAACAAGUAACUUUAGUGGUUAUUUAAUACAUGACUGGAGUUUACAAAUUUAAAGUGAACAGCUACAUCUACUAAGCAACCAUUGUCAAGUGCUAGAGUCAACUUGAGAGUCAUUGAGUUACUGAGUGCAAACUUACCAGAAUGAAGUUCAAGUCUAUAAUUGAAGAAUGGACCCUCUCUAAUGAGUAGAGUUUGUAAUAAACCAUAAAACUAAUGUUUUCUUUUCAAGGAAAAAUUAAAUUAAGUAUAGCAAAGUUAUAUGCUUAUAAACUUUAAACAGUUGAGAUGAAAAGCUAUUAAAAAGUAACCUAUUUUAUGAAGUGAAUAUUAUAACUUUAAUGCAAGUGUUAUAUUUAAUUACAAUAAAUUGGUAAAAUAACAUGACCGUUGUCAUCUCUAAACCACGGCUGUAUUCUUUACAUUGGCUUUGUAGCAGGAAAAGACUAUCAUAAGUAACAUCAUUAGUGAGCUUCGACCACCCUACAAUGCUGUGGCUCCAUCACUGCCACACUGGCCAAAUUAAAGACUGGUGUUAGAGAUGCACUGAUGCACUGACUAUAUUUCUUAGAAAUUAAAAUCAAUUUAGAGCAUGCCAUUAGUGAUGUACGUAAAGGAUUUUGGGAAAACGUGUCAGCUGCCAACUUGAUUCAGGAUAUGAAGAGUGGAAAAGCACCAAACCAAAGGCAAGUACAGCAUAACAUACCAGCCCUCUUAUAGGUGAUUUAAGAUCUCACCCCCCCCCCCCCCCUCAGCAAAGUAAUGCAAAUCACAUAGUUCUGCAACCUCUCAGUCUUGAGCCAAGCACCAUACCCCCAGAGUCAGAGCUGUGCAAUAAGUGUAGUCUGCUGUGUUUGACACAGUAUAAGGAGACAGAUGAUGGGGGAAUACAGAGGAGGGUGAGUGAGUUGUUGAGGGGAGCAUGGGGGUAUGAGUCAUGGCACCACACCUACAGGAGGGAAUGGAGAGAAGGUUCAGGAGUUCACAGGACAUUGAGAUACAAUGGUGAUAAAGGCAGCAACAAGAAUGGUAGGCUGCAAAAGCAAACAGGAAAUGAGGAAACCUUCCUAGACAUGCCUAUUUUAUAUGCCCAUGUCUGUGCUUGUGUACUAUUUACUUGCAGUGUUUAAGAAUCCUAACUGGGUGCUGCAUGAC